UUGGCCAGUGUCGGGGUGCGGGGCUGGGAAUGGCGACCUCCGAGGUUCAGCUGCCAACUCAAGCCCGCUACAAGGGGGCGGGCGCAAGGGGCGGGACGAAGCCCAGGGCGGGGCGAGGGACGCUGGUGCCAUAGCUCCCGCUGAGGAACCGAAGCCUAGACCUGAGCCACCGGAGGGAGCGAGGACUGAGACCCCCAACCAGACUCAGAUCCCAAAUGGCGCAGUGGGAGGAACUGCAGAAUCUUGACAACUCAUUUCAAGAUCAGUUGCACCAGCUCUACACAAAUAGCCUCCUGCCGGUGGAUAUUCGACAGUACUUGGCUGUCUGGAUUGAAGACCAGAACUGGCAGGAAGCUGCACUGGGCAGUGAUGAUUCCAAGGCUAACAUGCUAUUCUUCCACUUCUUGGACCAACUGAACUAUGAGUGUGGCCGCUGCAGCCAGGACCCUGAGUGCUUGUUGCUUCAGCACAACUUGCGAAAAUUCUGUCGGGACAUUCAGGCCUUGCCCCAGGGCCCUACCCAAUUGGCUGCGAUGAUCUUUAAUCUCCUUCUGGAAGAAAAGAAAAUUCUGAUCCAGUCUCAGAGGGCUCAAUUGGAGCAAGGAGAGCCAGCUCUUGAAGCACCUGUGGAGAGCCAGCAGCAUGAGAUCGAAUCCCGGGUCCUGGAAUUAAGGGCGAUGAUGGAGAAGCUGGUGAAAUCCAUGAGCCAACUGAAAGACCAGCAGGAUGUCUUCUGCUUCCGAUACAAGAUCCAGAGCUCAGCGAGGACACCCUCUUUGGACCCCCAUCAGACCAGACAGCAGCAGCUUCUGCAGGAAACUCUCAAUGAACUGGACAAAAGAAGAAAGGAGGUGCUUGAUGCCUCCAAAGCACUGCUAGGCCGAUUCACCACCCUAAUCGAUCUACUGCUGCCCCAGUUGGAGGACUGGAAAGUCCAGCAGCAGAAGGCCUGCAUUGGAGCCCCUGUGGAUGGAGGGUUGGAACUUUUCCAGCUAGAGAAGUGGUUCACAGAUGGAGCAAAGCUGUUGUUUCAUCUGCGGCAGCUGCUGAAGGAGUUGAAGGGAUUGAGUCGCCUGGUUAGCUAUCAGGAUGACCCUCUGACCAAAGGGGUGCACCUGCAGGAAGCCCAGGUUACAGAGUUGCUACAGCGUCUGCUCCACAGAGCCUUUGUGGUAGAAAACCAGCCCUGUAUGCCUCAAACUCCUCAUAGACCCCUCAUCCUGAGGACUGGGAGCAAGUUCACUGUCCGAACAAGGCUGCUGGUGAAACUCCAGGAAGGCAAUGAGUCACUGACUGCAGAAGUCUCCAUUGACAGGAAUCCUCCUCAAUCACAAGGCUUCCGGAAGUUCAACAUUCUGACCUCAAACCAGAAAACUUUGACCCCUGAGAAAGGGCAGAGUCAGGGUUUAAUUUGGGACUUCGGCUACCUGGUAAGGCUGACUCUGAUGGAGCAACGUUCUGGUGGUUCAGGAAAAGGCAGUAAUAAGGGACUGCUGGGCGUAACAGAGGAACUGCACAUUAUCAGCAUCACAGUCAAAUACACCUACCAGGGUCUGAAGCAGGAGCUGAAAACGGACACCCUCCCUGUGGUGAUUAUAUCUAACAUGAAUCAACUCUCAAUUGCCUGGGCCUCGGUUCUCUGGUUCAAUCUACUCAGCACAAACCCCCAGAAUCAGCAGUUCUUCUCCAGCCCUCCCAAGGCCCCCUGGAGUUUGCUGGGACCUGCUCUCAGUUGGCAGUUCUUCUCCUACGUUGGCCGAGGCCUCGACCGGGACCAGCUGAGCAUGCUCAAGGACAAGCUGUUUGGGAAGAACUGUAGGAAUGAGAAUGCAUUGUUGUCCUGGGCUGACUUCACCAAGCGAGAGAGCCCCCCUGGAAAACUACCAUUCUGGACAUGGUUGGACAAAAUCCUGGACCUGGUACAUGACCACCUAAAGGAUCUCUGGAAUCGUGGACUCAUCAUGGGCUUUGUGAGCCGGAGCCAGGAGCGCCGGUUGCUGAAGAAGACCAUCUCCGGCACCUUUCUACUGCGCUUCAGUGAAACAUCGGAAGGGGGCAUUACCUGCUCCUGGGUAGAACACCAGGAUGAUGAUAAGGUGCUCAUCUACUCUGUGCAGCCCUUCACCAAGGAGGUACUGCAGUCACUGCCGCUGACCAAAAUCAUCGGCCAGUACCAGCUCCUCACUGAGGAGAACAUACCUGAGAACCCACUGCGCUUCCUCUACCCCAGAAUCCCCCGGGAUGAGGCUUUUGGGUGCUACUAUGAGGACAAAGUUAAUCUCCAGGAACGAAGGAAAUACCUGAAACAUAAGCUCAUUGUGGUCUCUAACAGACAGGCGGAUGAGCUGCAACAUCCACUGGAGCCUAAUCUGGAGCCAGAAGUGGAGUCGUCAGAGCUGCACCUAGGGCUGGCACCAGGGCCGGAGCCAGGGCUCGGCCUGGGGUUAGAGCCACUGCUGGAGGCAGGGCUGGAUUUGGGGCCACCGCUGGAGCUCACACAAAGAGUGCCAAAGCCAAAUCUGGGACCAGAACUGAUGCUGGAUCCUAUUCUAGAGCCUACUUCACAGCUGGUGACAGAGCCAGAGCCAGAUUUGCCCCAUGAUCUGAGACACUUGAACACUGAGGAGAUGGAAAUCUUCAGAAACAGUACGAAGAUUGAAGAAAUCAUGCCAAAUGGAGACCCACUGUUGGCUGAGCAGGACACCGUGGAUGAGGCUCACAUCUUCUACCCCAGCCAUUUCUACAUCGAUGGGCCCUUGCUUCCUUCUGACUACUAGGAACUACGUUUCCUCUGUUUGUUCCAUAUCUUUUACUCCUCCUACCCCUCACAUCAUGAUGUUGCUCUCCAAAUCAGGCAUGUGCCCCAUCUAAGCUGGGUUAACCCUGUGAUUUGGAGUGAGAGGUAAAAGCAUAAUAUGGGUAAGGAAGGGGCACCAGUGAAUCAGAACAGAUGCUGGCCAUAUCUCUAACUAGGAUCCUGGAGGCUGCCUGUUAUGCUGGGAGGUGUAGAAGUUGGGAGCAGGACAGGACAGGUAGGGGUACUUAAAGGACUCAGGGCAGCUGCUUCUUUCCAGUAUGGAAGGAUUUCAACAUUUUAAUGGCUGGUUAAGACUAACCUGGUGCCCACUAGCUUUGUUCCUCAGUGGGGAAUAGACACUGAUAGGACUCCAUUUCUCUCUUCUGGUUCCCUCAUAUCUAGGAUAACCUUUUCCUUUCUUCUUCCCCUCACUCCUGACUCAAGUCCUAAAUUUCCUCUUUUCCUGCAAGGACUGAGAGCUCUGCCUCAGUCAUCAUGUGAAGCUCCCCUCUGAGGAAGGAAAUAGGAGGUAGAUCUCUUCUUAUCAGUCCCCUGCCCCCCAAGUUAGCAACAACCCAGUCCUUCCCCUCAAAAUGAUCCUAAUGUGCCUGUGAAGCUUUGCACAAUAACUUAUUCUGCCUAGUCUCCACUUUCCCAAUGCUUAGCAGACAAAUCACUCCUGGAAGCCAGGGAUGGUAGUUGCUGGGAAUUUAGGAAUUGCUUCUUGUUUUAUUAGAUAGAAUUUGGUAUUUUUACAGAGGAAAGGAAGCCCUGAGUCGUAAGAUAUUUCUCUAUUAAGGUAUCAUUCCCUUGCUUUUGUACAAUAUACUGUUUACCUGAAAAGAAGGUUCCUAUUCCUUGGGCAUAGACCUAGGCAAAUAUUAGUUCCUGGAAUUUAGCACCUUGAAGGUUUAUCAUGGGGCUCUGGACAACCUCACACCUUAGCCAUUCCCAGGGAACCCCAGGAAACUGCUGUUGCUCUAAGAUGUGCUUCUACAGUAGUAUAACUUGAGAUGUAAAUGAAAGUGAGGCCCUAUACAUGUGGAUGUUUUCUACCUGGUAUGUUAAGGAACAGUCCUAUUCAGAAAGAGGCCCUUCUGUGAGUCCCGUUAGCUCAGUUGGUAAAGUAGCAGAAAGGGGCCCUUCUGAGCAUAAGUGGCUAAUAAACUUUGUGCUGACCUGGAAGCA